AAUAUAGACAAACCACAAACAACAAAGAAACAAUAUUUUAUCGUUAAUCGUUGAAGUUAAUUAGAGAGAUCAUAGAGAAGAAGAAGCUUUCAAAAAAAAAAAAGAGAAGACGAAGCAGACGAGGAAGAGGAAGCAACAACGAAAGAUCCUUGCACUCGUUCAGAUUCUCAUUGUGCGUGUGUGAGCAAGUAAGAAAGAAAGAAAAAAGCGAGUGAAAAUCACAAGUCUGUGUCUUUCUCUUUAAACCCCAUCUGGAAUCUGGAGAAAAUUUGAGUAAAUUCAAAAUAAUCUGAGAGUCAGAAGAGAGAAAGCUGCUUCUUUUUUCGUGUCCUGAUCUGCCAUUGCCGUCAAGCUCUCAGCUUCUUGCUGAACAGCCGGUUCUGUUUCUCUCUCGGUCUCUCCCCUCGACCACCAUUAUGAUGAAGAAGAAGAGUUCUUGAUAAAAAAAAUUCUAUAUUUGUUAGUAAGAGAAUGGCUAGAGGUAGAAGAAGGUCUAAGCUAAGACUAAGCAACAUCUACACAUUCGGAUGCCUAAGACCAAGCGCAGACGAAGGCCAAGACCCUCACCCUAUCCAAGGCCCAGGGUUCAGCAGAACAGUCCACUGCAACCAGCCUCACAUGCACAAGAAGAAGCCUCUGAGAUACCGUUCCAACUACGUCUCCACCACCAGGUACAACCUCAUCACCUUCUUCCCCAAAUCCCUCUACGAGCAGUUCCACCGCGCUGCCAACUUCUACUUCCUAGUAGCCGCCAUCCUCUCCGUCUUCCCUCUCUCCCCGUUCAACAAGUGGAGCAUGAUCGCUCCCCUGGUCUUCGUCGUGGGGCUCAGCAUGUUGAAAGAGGCCCUCGAGGACUGGAGCAGGUUCAUGCAGGACGUGAAGAUCAACGCGAGGAAAGCUUUGGUUCAUAAGCGUGAUGGUGAGUUUCGCCGCAAGAAGUGGAAGAAGAUUAGCGUUGGGGAUGUUGUGAAAGUUGAGAAGGAUGGUUUCUUCCCUGCUGAUUUGCUCUUGCUGUCGUCUAGCUACGAGGAUGGGAUCUGCUACGUGGAGACUAUGAACUUAGAUGGGGAGACUAACUUGAAAGUUAAAAGAUCCUUGGAGGUAACGUUAUCUCUAGAUGAUGAUGAGUCUUUUAAAGACUUCACUGGGACUAUAAGAUGUGAAGAUCCAAACCCGAGUCUCUACACAUUCGUUGGUAAUCUUGAAUACGACAGGCAGAUAUUCCCUUUAGAUCCGAGUCAGAUUCUGUUGAGAGACUCAAAGCUUAGGAACACGCCUUACGUCUACGGAGUUGUGGUGUUCACAGGGCAUGAUACCAAAGUGAUGCAGAACUCAACGAGCUCUCCUUCCAAAAGAAGCAGGAUCGAGAAGACGAUGGACUACAUCAUCUACACGCUUCUUGUUCUACUGAUACUGAUCUCUUGCAUAAGCUCGUCAGGUUUCGCCUGGGAGACGAAGUUCCACAUGCCGAAGAUGUGGUACUUGAGACCAGACGAGCCUGAGAAUCUAACCAACCCUAGCAACCCUGUCUACGCCGGCGUUGUGCAUCUCAUCACCGCCCUCUUGCUUUACGGUUACUUGAUACCGAUCUCUCUUUACGUCUCCAUCGAAGUUGUGAAGGUCUUGCAAGCGACUUUUAUCAACAAGGAUUUGCAUAUGUACGAUAGUGAGAGUGGAGUGCCAGCGCACGCGCGGACAUCGAAUUUAAAUGAAGAGCUGGGACAGGUUGAUACCAUCCUCUCCGAUAAAACGGGGACUUUGACUUGUAACCAGAUGGAUUUUCUGAAAUGCUCAAUCGCUGGGACUUCUUAUGGAGUUCGUUCAAGCGAGGUGGAGGUUGCAGCUGCUCAGCAAAUGGCUGUUGAUCUUGAUGAUCACAGUAGAGCGACUACUCCGAGGAUGAGCGUUCAAGAGAUUGAGGUGGAGAGUAGCAGUAGUAAUCACGAAGGUGAGAUGGUGAUGACUCCUAGAGUCCCUAUAAAGGGGUUUGGUUUUGAGGAUGUGCGGCUGAUGAAUGGGAACUGGCUGAGGGAGCCGCAUGCUGAUGACGUUCUUCUGUUUUUUCGGAUAUUAGCUAUUUGUCACACAGCUAUCCCUGAGCUUAACGAGGAGAGUGGCAAGUACACGUAUGAGGCUGAGUCACCGGAUGAAGCUUCUUUUCUUACAGCUGCGAGUGAGUUUGGGUUUGAGUUCUUUAAGAGGACUCAGUCAAGUGUUUAUGUUCAUGAGAGGUUGUCUUCUUCAGGGCAAACUAUUGAGAGGGAGUAUAAAAUUCUGAAUCUGUUGGAUUUCACUAGCAAAAGGAAGAGGAUGUCAGUAGUUGUGCGUGAUGAGGAAGGGCAGAUUCUUCUGCUAUGCAAAGGAGCUGACAGUAUCAUUUUUGAACGACUGGCUAAGAAUGGAAAAACAUACUUGGGACCUACCACUAAGCAUUUAAAGGAAUAUGGAGAAGCUGGACUCCGAACUCUUGCCCUUUCGUACAGAAAGCUUGAUGAGGAUGAAUAUUCAGCUUGGAACGCUGAGUUUCACAAGGCCAAAACUUCUAUAGGAUCUGACAGAGAUGAGUUGCUUGAGAAGAUUUCAGAUAUGAUCGAAAAGGACCUUAUUCUUGUAGGUGCAACUGCUGUGGAGGACAAACUCCAGAAAGGGGUCCCACAGUGCAUAGAUAAACUUGCCCAAGCUGGCCUCAAAUUGUGGGUUUUAACCGGGGAUAAGAUGGAAACAGCAAUCAAUAUUGGAUAUUCAUGUAGUUUACUUAGGCAAGGCAUGAAACAGAUAUGUAUAACUGUGAUGAACUCAGAAGGAGGGUCCCAAGAUUCAAAGGCUGUGAAGGAGAAUAUUUUGAAUCAACUCACCAAAGCUGUACAAAUGGUGAAGCUAGAGAAAGAUCCACAUGCUGCAUUUGCUUUGAUCAUUGACGGGAAAACUCUAACGUAUGCGUUGGAGGACGAUAUGAAGUUUCAGUUUCUUGCUUUGGCUGUUGAUUGUGCGUCAGUCAUAUGCUGUCGUGUGUCUCCCAAGCAGAAAGCCCUGGUAACAAGGUUAGUUAAAGAGGGAACCGGGAAAACUACACUGGCAAUAGGUGAUGGUGCAAAUGAUGUUGGAAUGAUUCAAGAAGCUGACAUUGGUGUUGGCAUUAGUGGAGUCGAAGGGAUGCAGGCUGUUAUGGCAAGCGAUUUUUCUAUUGCCCAGUUCAGGUUUCUGGAAAGAUUACUCGUUGUUCAUGGACACUGGUGUUAUAAAAGAAUAGCUCAAAUGAUCUGUUACUUCUUCUACAAAAACAUAGCAUUUGGUCUCACUCUCUUCUAUUUUGAGGCGUUCACCGGGUUUUCAGGGCAAUCAGUUUAUAAUGACUACUACCUAUUACUCUUCAACGUUGUCCUUACCUCAUUGCCAGUGAUUGCCCUUGGAGUCUUUGAACAAGAUGUUUCCUCUGAGAUUUGCUUACAGUUUCCUGCGUUAUACCAACAAGGGAAGAAGAAUCUCUUCUUUGACUGGUACAGAAUACUAGGCUGGAUGGGAAACGGCGUCUACUCCUCUCUCGCCAUAUUCUUUCUCAACAUCGGAGUCAUCUAUGAGCAGGCUUUCAGAGCCACUGGUCAAACCGCUGACAUGGAUGCUGUUGGCACCACCAUGUUCACUUGCAUCAUCUGGGCUGUGAACGUGCAGAUCGCUUUAACCAUGAGCCACUUCACAUGGAUCCAACACGUCUUGAUCUGGGGAAGCAUUGGUUUGUGGUAUCUCUUUGUUGCGCUCUACGGGAUGAUGCCUCCGAGUCUUUCAGGCAACAUCUAUAGAAUCCUAGCUGAGAUUCUUGCUCCUGCUCCCAUAUAUUGGAUAUCCACUUUUUUGGUCACAGUGACCACAGUUCUGCCUUACUUCGCCCACAUAUCCUUCCAGAGAUUCUUGAAUCCGAUGGAUCAUCACAUCAUUCAAGAGAUCAAGUAUUACAAGAGAGACUUGGAGGAUAGAAGGAUGUGGACACGGGAGCGUAACAAAGCACGGGAGAAGACGAAGAUCGGGUUCACAGCUAGAGUUGACGCGAAAAUCAGACAUCUGAGGUCAAAACUCAACAAGAAACAGUCAAACUGUUCAGCUCAAGAUACAAUGUCUCCAAGAUCAGUCUAGUCUCUUAGAAGGUGAUUUAUUCCUUAAGUUUUCCAACAUGUAGAAACAGUAUCAGGUUCUUUGAUGGAGGUGGGCGCUGGAUUUUGAUUCAGACUGAAGACAGUUCUUGAUCUUGUUGUGUAUGACAUGGAAGAAAGUAAAGAAAAAAGGACUUAUAUAGCUGACUGAUGUUUGUAAUUUUUCUGAAUCAGAACUAUACAUAGGUUUUUGUGUGUGUAUACUUAACAGAUUGCAACACCCAAAAAGAAUGUUCUUUUUGUUCCA